UCAAUAGAAAGAGAAAACUAAAAACUGUGUCAUUAGCAGGUUGAGUUGUGAACAAAGAGGUUGUUCAGAAUUAGACACGUUUGUCUGCAGUUAUUAAAAAACUUCUUGGAAUAUUCCGACAUGGAGAACUUUCAAAAUACUGUGAGCAACAAUACUUCCCAAUCUAGCCCGAAUGUUUCCGUGUCAUUCGCCAUCAUCGGGGUAGAUAAUUCCCAGGAGGAAGUUGAAACAUCCAAUAUUAGUUCUGCUAGCUCCAAUACCCAUGACCCUUCGAGUCCGAUGCGCAAGCGCAACGACGAAAACGAGCCUUCGGAAGGGGCUUACAAGUGCCCGGUUUGUCUGGAAAUCGUAUGCGACCGGGAGCCAUUGUUGACAAAAUGUGGACACGUUUUUUGUCGCCAAUGCAUCGAAACCGCCAUACGCUCCUCUCACAAGUGCCCAAGGUGUAACAUGGAACAGGGCAUACACGAUACAAUGCGCAUUUAUUUGUAAUACUGUAAUUCGAUACAGUACCAAUGCUAUGCUAGUCAUCUGAGCCUCUUCCUGAAUUUGUUUUUGUUUAGUUUUAACUUCGGAAGGAAGAAUGAGGAAUGAAUUUGGUGCUAAAUAUAAGAUGUUCCUGGCUUUCA